AUGUAUUCGGAAGUAUUGAAAAUCAAUCAAUCAUGUUCUGUUAAUGCUGUUAAAGUAUCACCAGACGAGAAGACAUUUGCCACUUGUAAUUCAGAUGGAAUAAUAACUAUAUAUGACUUUGAAGGAACCAAAUUGCAUGAAUUAAAAGGUCAUACGGGAGGAAUCUCCGAUAUUGACUUCUCACCAAUAAAUUCUAAUAUAAUAGCAUCAUGUUCUGAUGAUUUAACUAUAAGAAUAUGGUCAAUAAACAAAGGGAAGUGUUUAAGAAUUUUAAAAAAACACACUUAUCACGUCACAACUAUAAGAUUUAAUUCGAAAGGUAAUAUAUUAAUUAGUGGAUCAGCUGACGAGACUAUCAGUAUAUGGGAUUUGAGUUCAGGAAAACAUUUAAAGACAUUAUCAGCACAUAGUGACCCUAUACUGUCGAUAUGUUUAACACCAGACGAUUCUAUUAUAGUAAGUGGAUCUUAUGAUGGAUUAAUGAGAUUAUUUGAUUGUGAAUCAGGUCAAUGUUUAAAGACAUUGAUUUUCAACAGUAGUUCAUUUGGAACAGCUACUGCCUCAACCAAUGAAGUAGUUAAUUUCCCCAUUUCGCAUGUAGAGUUAUCACCCAAUGGGAAAUUCAUUUUAAGUUCAAGUUUGGAUGGAUAUAUAAGAUUAUGGGAUUACAUGGACAACAAGGUAAUAAAGACGUUUUCUGGUAAAGAUAAUUCCCCCAUUAGUGAAAAAUUCAAUUGUAGUGCUAAAUUCAUAAUUUCAAAUAAGUUUGAAACUCCAGUUGUAGUUUCAGGAAGUGAUAAAGGAGAUUUGAUUUUUUGGGACGUUCAAACAAAACGAAUCCUCAAUAUAAUGAAUUUUGGUAAUGAACCUAUUUUUGAAAUCGAUACCAUCAAUAACGGAGAAGCGUUGCUUAUUUGUAGUAGGUCAGGAGAUAUAAGACUCUUAAAACUAAAUACAUAA